CGGCGGCCGCGGCUGCUGCCGGGGCUGUGUCGGGCAGGGACGGUUGUGCUGGCGGCUGAGGCUCGUGGCCAUGGAGUGGGGUUCGGAGUCGGCGGCUGUGAGACGGCACCGCGUCGGUGGGGAGCGCCGGGACGGCCCGGGGGCCACGCCGCCACCGGAGAGGGAGGCCCCGGCGCAGGCUUCCGUGGUGGACUCGUGCGGUGGCGGCGCAAGGACGCGGAAGCGGAGCGGGGAGGGGAGCGGCGCCGCGAGCCGGGGCGCCGGGAGCGGACUGUCUGAGGCGCGCGCCGCGCUGGGGCUGGCGCUUUACUUGCUCGCGUUGCGGACGCUCGUGCAGCUCUCGCUGCAGCAGCUCGUGCUGCGCGGGCCCCCUGGGCACCGCGGGGAGUUCGACGCGCGCCAAGCCAGGGAUUAUCUUGAACACAUAACAUCCAUUGGCCCCAGGACUACAGGAAGUCCAGAAAAUGAAAUUCUGACGGUGCGUUACCUUUUGGAACAGAUUAAAUUGAUUGAAGUUCAAAGCAACAGCCUUCACAAGAUUUCAGUAGAUGUACAGCGGCCCACAGGCUCCUUUAGCAUUGACUUCUUGGGAGGUUUUACAAGCUACUAUGACAAUAUCACCAACGUUGUGGUAAAGCUGGAGCCCAGAGAUGGAGCCCAGCAUGCUGUCCUGGCUAACUGUCAUUUUGACUCAGUGGCAAACUCACCAGGUGCCAGUGAUGAUGCAGUUAGCUGUUCGGUGAUGCUGGAAGUCCUUCAUGUCUUGUCAACAUCUUCAGAAGCCUUACAUCAUGCUGUCAUAUUUCUCUUUAAUGGUGCUGAGGAAAAUGUCUUGCAAGCCAGUCAUGGUUUCAUUACUCAGCACCCUUGGGCCAGCUUGAUUCGUGCAUUUAUUAACUUGGAGGCAGCAGGUGUAGGAGGAAAAGAACUUGUGUUCCAAACAGGUCCUGAAAAUCCUUGGUUGGUCCAAGCUUAUGUUUCAGCAGCUAAACACCCUUUUGCUUCUGUGGUGGCUCAGGAGGUUUUUCAGAGUGGAAUCAUUCCUUCAGAUACUGACUUCCGUAUCUACAGGGAUUUUGGGAACAUUCCAGGAAUAGACUUAGCUUUUAUUGAGAAUGGAUACAUUUAUCACACCAAGUACGACACAGCAGACAGAAUUCUAACAGAUUCCAUCCAGAGAGCAGGUGACAACAUUUUAGCAGUUCUUAAAUAUCUAGCUACAUCUGAUAUGUUGGCUUCUUCUUCUAAGUAUCGACAUGGAAACAUGGUCUUCUUUGAUGUGUUUGGCUUAUUUGUCAUUGCCUACCCCUCUCGUGUUGGCUCGAUAAUUAACUACAUGGUGGUAAUGGCUGUCGUUUUGUACCUGGGCAAAAAAUUCUUGCAACCCAAACAUAAGACUGCUAACUACACGAAGGACUUCUUCUGUGGACUUGGCAUCACUCUGAUAAGCUGGUUCACUAGCUUGGUUACCGUCCUCAUUAUAGCAGUGUUCAUCUCUCUUAUCGGACAGUCUCUCUCAUGGUAUAACCACUUCUAUGUCUCCGUUUGUUUGUAUGGAACUGCAGCUGUAGCUAAAAUAAUAUUCAUACAUACCCUCGCAAAAAGAUUUUAUUAUGUGCAUGCCAGUGACCAGUAUCUGGGAGAAGUCUUUUUUGACGUCUCGCUGUUUGUGCAUUGUGGUUUCCUCAUCGCUCUCACUUCUGGAGGACUUUGCUCGGCCUUUAUUAGUGCUGUCUGGGUGGCGUUCCCGUUGCUCACAAAGCUUGGCGUGCACAAGGACUUUAAGCAGCAUGGUGCUCAAGGAAAAUUUGUUGCCUUUUACCUUUUGGGGAUGUCUGUUCCUUAUCUUUAUGCAUUGUACCUCAUCUGGGCAGUAUUUGAGAUGUUUACCCCUAUCCUUGGGAGGAGUGGUUCGGAAAUUCCACCUGAUGAUGUUGUGCUGGCUUCCAUUUUGGCUGGUUGUACGAUGAUUCUCUCUUCCUAUUUCAUUAACUUCAUCUACCUUGCCAAAAGCACAAAAAAAACCAUGCUAACUUUAACUUUGGUAUGUUCAGUUACAUUCCUCCUUGUUUGCAGUGGAACUUUUUUCCCAUAUAGCUCCAAUCCUGCCAGUCCGAAGCCAAAGAGAGUGUUUCUUCAGCAUGUGACUAGAACAUUUCAUGACUUGGAUGGAAACAUAGUUAAACGGGACUCUGGAAUAUGGAUCAAUGGGUUUGAUUAUUCCGGAAUGUCUCACAUAACAUCUCACAUUCCCGAGAUCAACGAUACCAUCCGAGCUCACUGUGAAGAGAAUGCACCCCUCUGUGGCUUCCCUUGGUAUCUUCCGGUGCACUUUCUGAUCAGGAAAAACUGGUAUCUUCCUGCUGCAGAAGUUUCUCCAAGAGAUCCCGCUCAUUUCAGACUUGUAUCCAAAGAACAGACACCCUGGGAUUCUAUAAAGCUGACCUUUGAAGCAACAGGACCAAGCCAUAUGUCAUUCUAUGUUCGAACCCACAAAGGGUCAAUACUUUCUCAGUGGUCUCUCGGCAAUGGCACCCCAGUCACAAGUAAAGGAGGGGACUAUUUUGUAUUUUAUUCCCAUGGACUUCAGGCCUCUGCAUGGCAGUUCUGGAUAGAAGUACAGGUCUUGGAAGAACAGCCUGAAGGAAUGGUCACUGUUGCUAUUGCUGCCCACUAUCUCUCUGGGGAAGACAAGAGAUCCUCCCAGCUGGAUGCUCUGAAAGACAAGUUCCCAGACUGGACAUUUCCCUCCGCCUGGGUGUGCACCUACAACCUCUUUGUGUUUUAAUCUUGUGGAUGAGCUCUAAGUACAUGCCAGUGGGAUACUCCAUGUGACAUGGUUUCUCCCUGUGUUUCAUGGAUGUUUGUAAUAUGUCAGUGAAUUUUAAUGAGCAUAUGUUCAAAGAGCUUUGUGGGCUAACACUCUUCAGGGCCAAGACUAUAAUGGUUAUGCUGUGGGGUAGUGAUGCAUGGCCUUUUGACACUUGAAAAUGCCAGUUUUCUGGCGCUUAAGCACAUGUGGGUACUGCCACUACACACAUAUAUCAUUUUAUAUGACCUUAAGGACAAGAGCCAACAAACCACUUCAGUAGUUGUCCCCUUAGGAUCACGAACCAUGUAGAAGGUACUGUAAGACCACUGUUAAUGAGACAUGACAUUUCCAAUUAAAGCCCAAGACUACUGGUUGCGUCAGUGGAUCGUAGGUAAAGUAUUGUUCACUGCAGUGAUGAUUACCCCUUGACUCUGUAGGUCAUUAGAAAG